CAACCUCCUUUGUUGUUAUUAUCCCGUCGAUCUAACUAAACAUCCAUCCAUGCAUGCAUGCAAUGCACGCACGAUUCAUCCACGUGUUGCUGUAGUGGCCCAUCCACGCCCACUAAGAUCCAGGCGGGCACGAUUCGCUCGAUUCGCUCGAUUCACUCGAUUUGCUGGCUUCCCGAGUUCAUACACAUUACACAGAGUACUAACUUACUAUUUAGAUAUUGCAUCACACACACGCACACACACUACUACGGACUAUUAGGUCCGACCGACCUCAUCCAGGAUGGUCGAGUUCUUCCCUCUGGCCGUGACGAUCCCCUCAACCACCGGACCAGACCAUGAAACACCCCACUCCGGCGGGGCGUGUCUAGCCGUGGUGCCCAUGGGCCAACAGUUCCAUUUGAAAGGACGCUGCAGGCUCAGCGUUUGGAGCACGGCCCACGGGAUUCGGGUCCUGGGUUGGCAAAUGACGCAUGGCCAGCCCGCUCAAAUCGUGGCCUCGCCCCGUGGUUACAGUCUCUUGGCCAUUGAAGCCGUGCCCACCCCAGACCCGACCGCCCCGCUCCCCAGGAUAGGACCCCAAGCCCAGGGAGAGAAGGUCAAGUCCCACUGGUCCUCGGCCCAGGCGACGUCCACAGCCGACCCAAGCGCCAUCCCGCAGAUCCGGGCUCGCGUUCGUUCGUUGAUCUCGCCCGACCAGAUGUCUGAGGCUCGUUUGGACACCAUAAUGCUAAGCCCCUCGGCCCUGGUGUACUGCCAAGCCGUGAAUUCGGAUUGGCAAACCCGUUUGGAGUCCACCUUACCGCACGUGGUCAACAUCGGCCUAUUUGGGCGCGAUUGGCCCAACCACGCCCUCUCACCCCUACCUACUCUUCACGCCGAAGCCGAAAAGCGGCUCAACGUGAGUUUGGUCGACGCGGGCGCUUUGCAUUCGUUCCGUUUAUUCACCCCCCAUCCAAGUUGGGCCUCGAUUUGGCCCGACCCCUCGUCAGCCAAACCCCACCGCCCAGAUCACCCGCCCCGGAUCUUUGUGGCUGGCGGCAAAGGCGUAGGCAAAUCCACAUUAGCCAAAUGGCUGUUCCAUCAGUUAUUGGGCCACUAUCCCCAGGUGGUGUGGGUUGAUCUGGACCCCGGUCAAUCCGAGUUGUCGAUUCCCGGCUUUAUUUGCGCCUCGGUCUUGGCCUCGCCGCUUCUGGGUCCCAACUUCACGCAUCUCGAUUGUCCGCUCCACACCCGCUUCUUCGUAGGUGACAUCGAUGUGUGCAACGUGAUGCAGCGCUAUAAGGCCGCCUCUCGAUUGAUGGCCUCCGUCCUGGCCCAAGACCAGGGCCUAGGCCAAUGGCCUUGGGUCAUCAACAACUUGGGCUUCACUGGCUCGAUCGGACUCUCGAUUUUACGCGAGGCUCUUCUCACGUGGCGUCCUAGCACCCUCGUGUCGAUCACGAGUGUUAGUCAACGCAAGAAUUACCCCGCGGAUCUGUCCACUUGGACGCGACAAUUGGGUUUGGCUCAAACCCGCGUGAUUCGCUUACCAGCUGUACCUGAGCGGACCUCCGAUUGCCGCGGAGAAUCACGUCCCACCCACUGGGGUUUGCCCGAACCUCGGAAACUGCGAGAGAUCGUGCUUCUGGCUUUCUUGGCCCAUUUCCCUCGGCCCCUCAAAGAGAUGGAACCGUAUGUCGUAUCAUUGGAUGCCGUCCGGGUGAACAUCCUUGACCGCAAUGUGGGUGCCAGUCCUCAAUCUCGAGCUCAGUACUUGUUUCGCAUGAACGCGUCCAUCGUGUCUUUGGAGUGCGAUCGAUUUUCAUGGAGUAAUGAUAAGGAAUCGGACCUCAAUCUUAGUGUGGGCGUGGGCAUCAUUCGUGGGAUUGACGUGGAGCGCAAUGAGAUUUACGUGGUAACGAACUUACACGAUCAAUCGGUGCUGGCCAACGUGAGUUGCAUCACGGUGGGAAUGAUUCGAUUACCCGAUUCUGUAUUUCUGGAUCAGCCCUCCAAACUAGGGUUGCCUUAUGUGGGCGGGACCCUUUUCCAGACUCCUUUGUCCCAGCCGUGGAUCAAAGGAGGUCGGCCCAGAAACUAAAGCCAUUAAUUGCUUGAAACAUUGUGAUGUCGAUAACUCGCUUUUUUGGAGGAAAUGAGUCUGUUUUCACCCACAUGUGUUAGUUUUAUUUCCAUUAUUGCAAAAUUGAGUUAAUGAAAAGGAUUGACAUAUCUGUAUAUGACAAGAAGGAGAUCCUUUAUUUUUUGAAAGAUUCGAAUUUUGGUAUCCGAUGAAUUUGCGAAAUCAAAUAUUUAUUGGCAUACAUAUAUGUGCUGGUAUUUUUGACUUCAGAAAUAAAUCUUAGGGUUAGUAGAUUG